AUGGAUCCUGCCGCGACGGCAGAUCCCGGCAGCUCCAGCUCCCCCACGCCCACGCUGCGGAAGCGGACGAUCUCUAUAGACACGUCGCGACGAGGAGGCGACGACGCGUCGCGAGAGACCGCGCCCAGGCCAGAGCGGGAGGAGCAGCAGGAGGAGGAGGGCUCGAUGGCGGCGUCCGCGCCGGCGGAGGAGGCGGCGGCAGCGAGGGGGAGGGACCUGGAGGCGGCGGGCGAGCCGAUGAGCCCCGCGGGGCGGCUAUUCCGGGAGAAGCACUUCAACUGCUACAUCGUGGCCGUGAUCGGGCUGGGCACGGUGGUGGACGUCGCGGCGGCGCGCGCGGGGCUGGAGGCCACGCUCGUCCGCCACCCGCGCUUCUCCAGCAUCCAGGUGAAGGAUGAUGCGAGAAAGAACGCCAACCCGCGGUGGGUGCGGACCACGGUGAACCUGGACGAUCACGUCAUCGUCCCCUACCUGGACCCCGCCGCCACGUCGACCAAGCCGGACCAGGCCGUGGAGGACUACCUGUCCUGGCUGUCCACGGCGCCCAUGGAUCACUCCCACCCGCUCUGGGAGUUCCACGUCCUCGACUUCCCGACGUCCGAGGCCACCGCCACCGUCGCCAUCCGCAUGCACCACUCCCUCGGCGACGGCGUCUCGCUGCUGUCGCUGCUCAUCGCGUGCACGCGCAGCGCCGCGGACCCGGCGCGGCUGCCGGAGCUGCCGCCCGCCCCGCGCCGCGCGGGCUCCGUCUACGCCCGCCCGCGCCCGCCGCUCUCUGCGGGCUUCGUGGCGCUCGCGCUGUGGCUGUGGUCCUACGUCGUGCUCGCGUGGCACACGCUGGUGGACGUCGUGUGCUUCGUGGCCACGGCGUGGUUCCUGCGCGACCCGCGCACGCCGUUCAUGGCCGCGUCCGAGGGCGUCGAGUUCCGCCGCAAGCGCUUCGUGCACCGCACGCUCAGCCUCGACGACGUCAAGUUCGUCAAGACUGCCAUGAAGUGUACUGUCAACGAUGUCCUUGUUGGAGUGACCAAUGCAGGGUUGUCGCGGUAUUAUUUACGUAAGACCAGUGAUACCAACAGCGAGAGGAACAAAUCACAGAGCAUUCGCGUCCGAUCAGCUCUCCUCGUUAACAUUAGGAAAACACCUGGUUUACAUGCAUUGUCGGAAAUGAUGGAUUCUGGCAAGAACAAUGGGGCAAAAUGGGGGAACCUGAUUGGUUACAUGAUACUACCUUUCCAUAUAGCCAUGCACGAUGAUCCUCUUGAAUACAUCCGCCAAGGGAAAAGGACAGCUGAAAGGAAGAAGGCUUCAUUAGAAGCAGUUUUCACGUACUGGAGUGGGAACCUAAUAGUCAAACUUUUUGGCAUGAAGGCUGCAGCAGCUCUCUGCUAUGGUAUGUUCACAAAUACAACCAUGUCAUUCUCAAGCAUGGUCGGACCUGCUGAGAAGGUGGAGUUCUAUGGCCAUCCAAUCGUCUAUAUCGCUCCCUCUGUCUACGGGCAUCCACAUGCUCUGACUGUACAUUACCAAAGCUAUACGAACUCCAUCAAAAUUGUCCUCGCAGUGGAUGAUGCUCAGUUUCCAGACUCUCAUCAGCUUUUGGACGACUUUGCCGAGUCCCUCAGGCUCAUCCAUCAGGCAGCUUCAACAAGAUGA